UGACUUAAUUGGUUGAGGAACUUAACGAAUUCAUCUACUUACAACACACAGAGAAAGAGAGAGAGAGAGAGUCUAUGGAAGCAGUAUGAUGAUCAUUCAUGGCUUCUUGUAAUGUUUCUUGCUCAAAUGAGUAUUCCAAUCAGCGGCAGCCCUUUCAAAAUUUCAUCCAUGACAUGCUGCUGCUGCUGCUGCUGUUUCUGAGAUGCUCAUUUGUGCAAGCAAUGUUAAAACUUGAGGCCGCAUAUUGGAUUAAUUCUGGGUUGUAUUGUCGUGUCCCUUUUUUUCUAGUAAGUAAUUGUGUUGUAUUUUUACUAUUUGAUAGUCCUUUUGUGACUAAAUAUGGGACGCAGGAAGGAUGUUCCGUUCCUAUAUAUCAAAAAGUAGCGUAUUAAAAUUAUGUAAAGAUAGUAUUUUUUAUAAACAUGUUUUCUUCUCAUAUCAUCCUUAUAAAUCGAGAGCUUGGUGGUUGGUGCAUCAACAGCAUAAAUGAUACACCAAACAACAUCAGGUCUGGCAACUCUGGCGAAGGCCUUCUGCAUGCAGAGAAGCUCCAAGAUGAACAACGAGAACAAUGCUUAUGAGGAAUAGAGAACCCGGCCAAAGUUACUUCAUGUGGUCCAGUUAGGUGGUGUGUACAGAAAUCUCAAACAGAUCGAUGACCUAAGAUAUUCUAGUCGCUUUGCUUUAUUUUAAUUUUGUUUAUUUUGGUGUAACUUAUUUUGUUACCUCCACUAUAUUUAACUUGAGAUUUAAGGAUUCCAAUACAUGAUGCCAGCAAAAAAAAAGAUAGAAUUACAGCAAAAUUGAUAAAGUCAACAGAGCUUUUGUCACAGCAUAUUGUUCUAAAAUUGCUGCCCAAGUUUGGUAACUAAAAGUUAUUGGAUAAUAGAAGGAUAAAGCAAGAUCCAUGAUGAACUUUAAUAAAUCUCUUCUUCUUCUUCUAUAUAUAUAUAUAUAUGAAUGAUAGUCAUGUUCCAAUAAUUCCAUUUAGUUUACUUGAUGAUUGUACAGUCCUCUGAUAAUCAGGAGGAUAUAUGUAUAUAUAUGUGUGUGUGUGUGUGUAUUCUGAGAGGAGAAACAGAUAGAAAGUUAAGAGGAGAUGCAAAUUAAAGAAAGAAAAAGCUGAGCUAAUUGAAAGGUCCAUUCCCUCUCCAUGCACUCCAAAUGGAACCCUUUGGACAUAUUCAUUUCCAGCUACCAAAGGAAAGCAUCUCCUUGCAGUACUCUUCUUCUUCUUCGAUCUUCGAUCCGUCAUUCUCCACCAUCUUCACCCCCUAGCUAGCUACAGCUGCCAUGGAGACCAACUUUGCUUCUAUUUUCUGUGGAACAGCAGCGCUUCUUCUUGCUUCAGCCCUCCUCCACCAAGGAGUGGAUGGAGAAACCGGAGUCAACUACGGCACGGUGGCGAACAACCUCCCUCCUCCGGCGGAGGUGGCGCUUUUUCUCCUGGAAUCCACCAUCAUCAACCGUGUCAGACUCUUCGACGCUGACCCGGAAAUGCUCCGAGCAUUUGCUCCCACCGGAAUUGCCAUUACCGUCACCAUACCCAACGACCAGAUCCCACGCCUCACCAAGCUCAGCUUCGCCCAACAAUGGGUCAAAACCAACAUCACCCCUUACGUUCCGGCCACUAACAUAGUCCGCAUUUUAGUCGGCAACGAAGUUCUCGCCACCGCCAACAAAUUGCUCAUCGCAAAUCUGGUUCCGGCGAUGCAGACUCUCCACACUGCCCUCGUCGGCGAGUCCCUAGAUCGGCAGAUCCAAGUCUCGACGCCACACUCGCUCGGAAUCCUCACCAAUUCCAGUCCGCCAUCCGCCGGAAAAUUUCGGCAAGGCUACGAUGUUCACGUCCUGAAGCCACUGCUCAGCUUCUUGAGAGCCACCGAUUCCCCUUUCAUGGUGAACCCAUAUCCGUUCUUUGGCAGCUCAGCCGAAACUCUCGAUUACGCCUUGUUUAGGCCUGCCGCCAAGGUGUUCGAUGAAGUGUCAGGGCUUACUUACACGAACAUGUUGGACGCCCAGCUGGACGCCGUCUACUCGGCGAUGAAGCACCUGGACUUCGGCGAUCUCGAGAUCGUCAUCGCCGAGACCGGAUGGCCGUCGAAAGGCGACCCGGGGCAAGUCGGCGUCGACGCCGACACCGCCGCCGAGUACAACCACAAGCUCAUAGAACACGUUUCGUCUGGCUUGGGCACGCCGCUGAUGCCCAAUAGAACAUUCGAGACUUAUAUUUUCGCGCUGUUUAACGAGAACUUGAAGCCGGGGCCAACGUGCGAGAGAAACUUCGGGUUGUUUGAGCCGGACAUGAAGCCGGUGUACAACGCCGGGAUACUAAGGAAAACGGCUAGAUCGACUUUUCCGGAUCACCCGGCCCCGGUGAGUCCGUCACCGGGAAAGCCUAGUAAUAGGGGAAAAUGGUGUCUUCCAAAAUGGGGAGCUGAAGAAGAGGCUUUACAGAAUAACAUUGAUUAUGUAUGCGGGUUGGGUUUGGAUUGCGGGCCGAUACAAAAGGGCGGGGCCUGCUUCGUUCCCGACACGGUUCGGGCCCAUGCUGCGUAUGCCAUGAAUGCUUAUUUCCAGGCGAAGGGAAGGAAUGGUUAUGACUGUGAUUUCGAUCAAACUGGCGCCAUCACCAAUGUUGAUCCAAGCUAUGGAAGCUGCAAAUACUGAGAGAUGAUGGAAAUGGUGGAAGAAGAAGGCCGGAAGGAUGAAGAAGAUGAAGAACGGAAAACUUCUCCCCUUUUUGAGAAUGGCAUUACUGUAUAAUGAAAGAUUAUUUGUAGUAGAGGACCACACGCUAGCUAGUUUUCAUAUUCUUUUAGCAACCAUCUUAACAACCCCUUUUUUUAACUUUUUCUAAUUAAAAAAAAAAGUAUUAAAAAUUGUCAUUAAUGUCAAAUUCAUAAUUUCAAACUUAGGUGAAGUGUUCAAUUACCUCUUUAAAGUAAACGUGGUAACAUUUUAUGAAUCACUUA